CACGGAACUAUGCCCAGGAGAAGCUUGCGCCCCGUGUGCUCAAGGGGUGGCGGACGGUGGGUUCGCGUUCUCCGCAGUACCGUGCGAGUUCCGCAGUCGCUGACGGCGCAGGAGCAGAUCGACAAGGACAUCCUCAAGGAGAUGGGCGCGCUCGGCCUCCUCGGCCCCACGAUCAAGGGGUACGGCUGCGCAGGCACAAACUACGUGUCGUACGGCUUGAUCAUGCGUGAGAUCGAGAAGUGAGUGCAUCGGACAACCGCGGCGACCGCGGCGACUGCGGCGAUCGGGCGAUCGGGGCGAGCGGGGCGGAGGCGUUGAUG